CACACGACACACGCGCACGUCCCUUAUCUCCAAACUCGACGAGACCCAAACGGCAAUACUGCCAACAACCCAACCCCCAACCCCCAGGGUCCUCCCCAGCAGCACAAGCGCCAGCACUUCCUGAAGCAGCAACGACCAGAAGCUAACGACGACGCUGGAAUCAAGCAAGCAGCACCAAUGGGGCAUGUGGUCUCUCGUCUCGUUCACAUCCUCGCCACCCUCAAGGAAAAGCGCCUCCUGCUGCUCGGGCUGGACAAUGCCGGCAAAACUUCGCUGUUGUACAAUCUCCACCUGAACGAGGCCGUGGGCACCGUUCCUACCGUUGGAUUCAACAUGGAACAGGUCGAGUACAACAACAUGGUCAUGACUAUCUGGGACGUCGGUGGGCAAGCCAAGCUGCGGUCGCUUUGGCGGUACUACUUCGUCGACGCCGACGCGCUGAUCUUCAUGGUGGACUCUUCCGACGAGGCUCGCAUAGAGGAGGCGAGGGACGAGAUGUUUCACGUGCUUCGGGACCCCAACAUGGAGGACUGUCAGACUGUCCUCAUCAUGCUCAACAAACAGGACGUCCCCGGUGCAGUCGGUCCCGGCAUCGUGAUCGACAGGAUGGGUCUCAACAGCGCCGGUGACAACCCGCUGAGAGAACGCAACUGGUACAUGCAGAGCUGCUGUGCCCUCACCGGCGAGGGUGUUUUCUAUGGGCUCGACUGGCUGUGCGAGGCGCUCAAGAGGAAGAAAAGGAGGGGGGCGAAGAUAUAACGAACGCCCGACCGAUUCAUGCGACAGGGACAAUGUAUACGACGAGAUCCAGAAGAAGCCGUCGGAACGAAAGAAAAGAGCCUCCGUUGUGUGCAGGAGGAAUGGUCCGCACAAGCGUGACGAAGAAGAAAGAUAACUUUCGUGCGUUGUUUUUCUCCCCCCCUCUCGGGGGGGGGG